AUGUCUCCUUCACAAGCCAAGCAAUGUAUUGUUUAUAACAAACUAGAAGAAGUGAAACAAAGUGAGGUGACAAAAUCCGUACCUAUACCACCACCAAUUCCACAAAAAGAAUUGAUUCAACAAGAAUCAUCGAUCUGUUCUCUUGAGACACCAUUUGAUCCAUUAGCGAUAGAUAUGACGUCAUCAUCGACAUUGUCACAAACGGCACAAAUACCUGAAACUAUUGUACGACGUCCUGUCGUCAAUAGCCGCAGGCGUGCAGCGGCCAAAGUUCGAUCGGCUCUGCCUCCAUCACCAUCAUCACAACAACAACAACAACAAACAGCAGAUCAACCUCUACCAGUACCGGCAUUUGCAUCUGAGAACUUUAGUUUCGAUAACAAAAUCGACAAUGCGGGUGAUUUAUUUGCUGCUGCAUCAUCAUUUGCACCUGGUUUUGGAGCUGCACCUGCUGCUGCCCCUUCUCUUCUUCUGUCUCCUCUUUCAACAAAAACAUCAUCAUUGCUAUGUCACCAAUUCGAGCAAGCUCCUGCCAUGAGUAGUACCACAGGUGAAGGUAAGACUUAA